GAAAACACGGCCGCCAACAUGGCGGAGGAGGAGGACGGCCUGACAGGCGAGGAGGUGGCCGUGAGCGGGGACCAGUAUGGCGGCGGCCGACUACAAGCUCUCGGGCAGCAGCAACAACCAAGAACAAGUCCACCACCACCACCGACAAGAGAUAGUGUUGGCGACGACCACUGCCGUUGCCACCACCGCCUCUGCCACUGACCGCCCCCAUGUGCUCUCGAAACAAUUCGCCGUCCACCUGCCCCAGGUGCUGCCCGAGUACGUGCGGGUGGCCGUGGAGGAAGCGGCCACCUUCUCGCUGACCGAGGAGCUGGAGGGCGUGGCCGCGGACGGAGCCCCCGGCACCAUCAUCUACGUGCAGCCCGACGGCACCUUCGUGGAGGGCACGGGCCUGACCCCCGAGGAGCAGCAGCAACUGGCCGAGCAGUUAGCCGAGCAGCAGGGGCUGGUGGAGGUCAGCCAGAGCCGGAGCCGAGCGGUCCACAUGUCCGAGAGCCAGCCACACGCUCGGUUGGUGCAACACGCGGGGCUGACCGGUCCGCAGCCGGUCAUCACCCGCGUUACUGAACCCCAGCAGCAGCAGCAGCAGCAGCAGGCGCCAGACCUCAGCGAGACCAACGUGCGUCUGAGCAACAACUCCCCCCGGCCUCCUGACAGCCAGGCUCCGCGGAAGAGCAGCUCGGCGCCGCCCUGCGCUCCUCUGGAAGCUCGAGCAGCUCCCGAGCCACACCAUCCGCUGGUCCAAGCGCCCGUGUGCCCGACUGCGGAGCCGCGGGUGCCACCAGGUGGGGGGGAUCAUCCCGGGCCAACGGUCCAGCGGGUCCAAGCGUGCAGCCCCGCUCGAGUUCUUCAGCAAGUGAACAUUGCAUCGCAGGCGUCUGCAGUGAAUCGGCUCAGCCCGCCUCGGAUCCCGACUGCGGGGUGGCAGCAGCAGGCGGUCUUCAAGCCGCCGUUGACGAUCAUUCACAACGCAGCGCAACAGUUGCAGAACGCUGCUCACCAAGCAGUCCUUCAACAAAAUCUACAGCAGUCUACGCACGCACAGCACCAGCUGGGACCUUUGCGAGUUUUACCUUCCACACAGCAUCAGUUAGAAACUGUCCAGGUUCACAUACGAACCGUGCAACCACAGAAGGAGAGGAAAGAUAGGCCUAUGCCACCUCUGGCAGUGGUUCAGCCCAAGACAGCAGCUUCUACUCAAUUGGGAAACCAAAGCAACAUUGUUUCAGGUGGAGUUAAUAUCUCUGGACCUCAAAUCAUUAGAAUCCAGCCUCUCUCUGGAUCUGGACCACAGCAGUAUAUUUUACACAGUUCUUCUGUACCCCCAAUCCAGCUGCUUGUUCAGCGACAGCCUCCACCACUUGCACCUGUAAACUCUAUUAAUGUGCUUCCGGGAGUGAGCAUCAGUGCACAAUCUGGCAUCUUCACAAACUCCAUAGCUGCUAGUAAAUCUGCUGUUACGGCAGUGGUAGCAAAUUCCUGCACUAACGCUAAGAAGCACGAACUUAGUGAGAAAUCGAAGCAGAAAAAACCUGUAAAAAUCAAAACUCGAUCUGGGCGGAUAUCACGACCGCCAAAAUAUAAGGUCAAAGAUUAUAAGUUUAUAAAAACCGAAGACUUGGCAGAGGGCCAUCAGUCAGAUUCUGAUGACUAUUCUGAAUACAGUUUGGAAGAAGAAGAAGCAAAGGCAAAAGAAGAAGACCGCAAUCUUUCUUUGCCAUGUUCUUUCAAGCCUAAGAAGUUUAAAUGUGAAACCUGUGAAAAGUCCUAUAUUGGAAGAGGUGGAUUAGCUCGGCACUACAGGCUUAAUGCAUCUCAUGGGCAGCUGGUUUCUGCCCCUGAAGAACAGAGGACUUCUGUAAACAAACCCAAUGGAAAUGUGCUUGUUGGGGACAGUGGAAAUGGUGGCGAUGAAAAUGGCAAAUUAACUCCUGGACGAGUAGUACCAUCUCCUGAACUAAUGACACCCCCUCUAAUCCAUGCCACUGAAUCAGUAACAGUGGAUAGCACAACUGCAUCUUCUCAGGGAGUCCAGCAGCCUGUAAAGAUUACAUCAGCGCAUAAUUUUCCUGGGCAUCGGCAAACAGUGCGGCGCGGGAGGCCUCCUAAACAGCACAACAACACUCCUCAAGAUCAAGUCCUUAAGAGGAAGGCAAGGCUAAAAGAGUUCCUAAAGCAGUGUGAUGAUGAAGAACUAAUGGAAUUGGCUCUCCCCAGACUUACAAAAGUGAUCACACUCUGGGAAUUCCUGCUGAUGAAGGUAGAAAGAGGAAGGCCUGCUAGACCACACUUCCCAGAUGUGUAUAAAGAGUUUGAAAUGCUGCAUAAGCACGUGAAGAAAAUGGCCGAAGAGCAGUUAAGUAGUUCCUUCCGGGUGAUAAGUCCUCAACAGCCCUUGCAAAUCUCUUGUUUACAGGUGGCUGAAUCAUUAGGCAUGACCGAGUUUAUGAGCAAAGAAAAGCAGCAGAAUGCAGACUUAUCUCUGUCCUACAGUAUAGUUACAGUGGGUGACAAGAACAACCUGAAUUCAUCUGGAGAAAAACAUGCCUUAGAAAAGGACUUUGGAGCCUUCCCACCUUCAUCAAAACGAAUGAGAAUGGAUAUUACUGUGCAAACUGAAAGCAAUGUCAAUCAAAAUGGAGUACAGAAAGUUGAAGACAAUUUACAAUGUUUAACUACUGAAGCAGGCCAAAAGCCAACUGAUUGUCCUGCGGUGAAUACUUGCGAUGCACCUACAACUUCACCUGGAACAUUGGCUGCUGAGGUUGUGGAUAAGCACAAUGAUGAGUUACUAUCUGGGAAUAACAUGAAAAAUUGUACAAUGGGGCCAGGAGAAGAGCAAUCUAAUUCUGAGGAUCUAGGUUUUCAGGUUGCUGAAGUAACUCUUUCAAGCUCCCAACUUCCUCUGCUGGAAUCAGAAAACCAAGGCCUAAAUAAUUCUAUUCAGGAGCAAGAAAGUGAUUUUUUAACGAUGGACACAGACGUUACAGCAGAAGAAAUUGUUCAGGAGCAGUUGUCCAGCCGAAACCAGAUACCAGAUCAUCUGAGUGACCCUGAUCUAACCUCCCCUGUGCAAUCUGAUGAUGAAAUGACAAAUCAGAAUACGCUUCUUUCAAAUAUGAUUAAGAAUAACCGACAAGAAACCAGCAGUUGUGUUCAGGAACUGCAGCAUGAGAUUUCUAGCCAGGAUCCACUUUGCAAUCAGGAGCAAUCUGAGCAGAUAAAUGACUCUGACAUAGCAGAUCAGAUGCAGCAGCUUGAGAACGCUCUAUCCCAUGAUGUGGAGCCCACAGAGCAUAUUUGUAGGACUGAAGUAAACAGCUUGCAGCAGCAGCAACAAAUUGAAGAGACAUUUGAAGCUGACAUAUCUGAUCAAGUAGAACUCGAUUGCCAGGUUACUUCGGAAGAGAUAAAUUUAUUGGAAGUAGUUGAUCCAAAUAAAAUAAUGCAUGUUGAUGAACAGAAUGCCGAUCAGAUUAAUCGUGUGGUAUCGGCGAAUAUUCUGGAGAGCACAGUGACGGAAGAUGGAACACUACAGUUUCAGCUCCCUGAUGGAAGUCAGGAAUUUUUGGCUCAGGGACAUGAACAGAUCUUCAUUCAGACUUCUGAGGGACUUCUUCUGUCUCAUCAAGGAACUGCUGUGGUGUCUCAUACUUCUGAUGGCAUUGUUAUAGUAACCAAUGCUGAUGGUACCACAAUGCACAUACGAACACCAGAUGGUGUUCCCAUUGAAACUGUAGAAGCACUUCUCGCGAUGGAUUCAGAAGGGCAAAGUGAAACCUUGUUGGUUUCACAAACACAAACUGAAGUGGAGCAGUGAAAACUCGCUUUUCUUUCUCCACCUCCCAUUUCAGCAAAAAUACUAACUACAGCAGAUGUUUUUUCAAUGAACUGUUCAGACAUACAAUGAGGGCUGUUCAAUUUUAUAAAUAAUACUUAACUAUUUCUAUUUGAUGUUAUGUAUUAAACUGAACAUUUGUUGAGGUUAUGUAUUUUGUGUUAAACUUUACAGCUCUGCAAGCUAAUAAAUCUGCCUGGCAUAAAAGUGGGGCUAAGAUUUCAGUGGAAGUUCAACCCUGAAUGUUGCAAUAAGCCUCGCAAGGGUGUAUGAAAAAGUGAAUCCAGGUACAUUUAUUGAAGUUUAUCCUCCUGAACAGAGAUGCGGAUCUGCAAUAGACCAGAAAAUGUGAUGUUGCUGCACUGAUUCAGAAUGUUUUCUUUUUAUUAUGUUUUGCAACUUGACUGUCUGCUACUAUUUGUUACUUAUUGAGAUGACAACAUUGCCAAAAUAGUAUUUGUACAUGUUCUGCCUAUUUUUUAAAUGGAUUGCCCUUAUAAGAAUACUUGUACUUGUGGGGAAAUUUUCAUAAUAAAUCUAAAUCUCAUGACUUUGUUCUGUUAAUGGAAAACGCUUCUUAUAUCAGCUAGUUAAGGUGCUGGUAAUUCAUCUCAGUUGCAAUGGAAACAAAAUGUGUGGUACUACAAGCAUGCAUUUAGAUUGCCAAAAUUAGUUAUAAAUUAUUGAAAUCUUUCAACUUAAUUUCCAUUUAUAGACGGCAUUAUAAAAAGUCCAUGUUGCAUAGAAGUGCAUAUUGUGGUUUGUGUUUUAAAACACUGGAUUUAAAUUGCUUUUUUUGCAGUUUUUAAAAUGUUUGGAGGACUCUGUAUUUUGUUUAACAAUUUAUUUGAUCUAGACCAUUUAUUUUAUGGGAAAAAAUACUUUGACAACCAAAGAAAAUGAGAAUUAAAUCUCAGACAACUGAGAGAAGAGCACUUUAGUACUAGCCAUGAAUUGAAUUUAGCCUGCUUGUUUAUAUUUUUUGAAAUCUGCAGAAAUGUUAAUAUACAAGAAUUUUAGAAGGUAAUGCCCAACUUAAUGACUGCAGCAAAACUCAAACUUGAUAACAUCUUUACAGAAUUGAGUAUUACCAACCAACAUAUGGGCUAUGUUUUUCUGGUAUGUUCCACAAUCACCUAAUUGUAUUCAAUAUAGAGUAUAAAUCUACCAUCCCCCCUUCUCCCUAUCAAUUCACAUUUGCACUACUCUCUUGUAGUGAUCAUGUAGAUUGAAGAGUCUUCUACACUUCAUUCUGUUACUAGGUUUAAGGAGACUAGCCAUCUGUUAAAGAGGAUCGGAUUUCAUCUGAGAUGGGACAGAUGUGUCAAUAGGCUGCAGUAAUGUUACUAGAAUAAUACAAACUUUCAGACCGAAGAAAGAUCAAAGUUAUUUUCUACAGUCAUGGAAGUGUAAAUAGGACUCGCUCCACCAGAAUAUUUCCAAUGACCUGUGUCCCAAACACACAUUCCUUUUUUUUUCCCUGCAGCCAACUGAUUUUAAAAAAAACUUGAUGUGUUUAAUGUGAAGUUUAGUAUUUAUUUUCUGUAGGGUUGAGGGGAUUGGAAUUGGAUUUAGUUCCAUGCCUGUUAUAGUAUGUAUAGAUCACUAAUUUCUUGUAUAAUUAUUUUCAUCCAAUAUGUAUUGCAAUUUCAGGAGUGUUGUGCAUGUUUGGAAGUUUGGGGAUUUCUCUAGUGUACAACAAUACUUUGAACUGUAUUAACUUGUUUGUAAAUAAUGAAACUAUUUAAAGACUGAAAAAAUCAGAAAAAUUGAAUUUAUUUUCUUUUUAUCUUUAAUUAUAGAUAUGAAGUAUUUUGCUAUAUCUUGUGCUUAAUAGUACAUUGUAAUCUGGACAGACAGCUUUUUUUUGGCCUUAAUUUCAAUUUGAUGUUUUGAACUGAAUCAAUCUUUAUGGUCAUUUCAGUUAACUUUGCCUAAACACAUUCUUUAAACAUUGAAUAAUGUUUUGUAUAACUUAUUACAAAACAGAACUGCUUUCUGUCGAGGAGCAACUUUGUACGAGGCCAAAAGUUGGUUUAGUACAUGGUAUAUACACAUCUUUGUAUAAAUUUAAAUAUUUACUUUAAUAUUUCAUAUGCUGCGGUUUUUUUGUACUUUGGACUAUACAAACAAUGUGAUUACUGUUUAAAAUAUGGUGUAAAGCUUAUGGUUCUGACAAUAUAUAUCCAAUGGAGCAGAUAAAAUAAGCCACUGAGACACAUUUUGUAGCAGUUUUGAUGAUCUUUGUUUUCACAUCUUUGCAAGACAAAUAUUUAACUUAAGUAUCUUUCAGGACCAUAUUGAAUAAUUUCAAUGAAAUUAUUUUUUUCACACAAGUGUUUCAAUGAAGUUUCUAAAAAGGAAAUAAAUGAAUAUAUUU